GAAACCUCUAUUGUGAAGAGCUUCAGUUGCAACAACCCACAACAAUGGUUACGUAAAAAAACAAGAGAACAUCCAGAAUCUAGAUCUAUCUUCACAACAGAUAUGAGUCUUCUGCUUUGUAAAGGAUCUGUUUCGGGUACCAAAAUGAAGUCCCUUUUAAGAAUGUGUUCUCUGUGUUUAAAAACUUACACUUUUAUAACCCCUGCAACAGUGUCUAAUCGGGUUCUCCACCACUGGUCAAAUUCAUAUGUUGCAAACUUUCCCCAUCAACAACGACGGCGUACUGUGGCGACUUUGGUGCAGAAAAGGUCACACUAUGAAGUUCUCGGAGUUACACGUUCGGCUUCUGCUCAAGAAAUUCGAGAGGCAUUUCUCAAGCUCUCAAAACAGUGUCAUCCUGAUACAAAUACUAAUGACCCAACAAUGCACAGAAAGUUUGUACAAGUAAAUGAAGCAUACACAGUAUUAAGCCGACCUCUUUCUCGGAGAGACUAUGACUCAACCUUAGAUGCUGAUCGCUACAUGCAAAGACACAUGAACAAUUCGGCGUCAGCAUAUAGGUCUCAUGGCUAUGGUUAUUCAGCUGAAGCUGGUGCACAUUACCAUUAUAAAGGACACAUGUAUGAUGAAACCGACUGGUCACGCCAAUAUCACAAGGAGGGGGAAAACCUUAAAAACUUGGCUAACUUUUAUGUUUUAACUUUAUGUGUAACAUUUGGAGUCGUAGCCUUAAUACUUCAGUAUAUGUAUAAUUUUGUGCCAAAUCCUAAGCUAAAUAAACUGAGGAGAAUGACAAAUGCAGAGAUUGAAAACCAUGAGUUAAUCAUGACAUCGGAACAUGAAGGGGACACAGUGUUUUACUAUGCAGUUAAAAAUAAAGAUGACCCCAAAGGUUUCAAUGUGGUUGCUGUCAGCAAAAAACGGGUCAGUGGUGAUUCAGAUGAGCAUGAAGUGCAGGAACUGACAAAUAUUUCAAUGGAGCCAAGUGGUUCUUCCAAACCAGGAUGUUGAAUGUGUUUUGAUCAUUAGAAGGCCUUCUAAUAUAAUGAGAAAUGAUUGUAACAUCAUGAUGGUAUUGGUGGACGCUAUAGUACUAUAUAUUAUAACACGGAUAACUCAAAUUCGUUGGGACUGGCCUUGGUAGUUCGAGAGAUCAGCAGUUCAAGGGAUGUAUCUUGUUAAGAUAAAAAGAAGAAAAAAAACUGGACUGCAGGUACAGUUGGACGGAUGCAUUAUAAUUUCGACUCUUCCGUGUUCGACCUGUCCGUUGUAUACUGUAUGAAUGUUACAUGGUGAAUCUGUUAAUAAAAUUAAAUUUCUAUCAAUGGUAGCCAAAUAUAUGUAACUUGGCUGGGUUCAGUUGAAAUUCAAUCGACAGUGAGUGAGGCACCAAAUCUCUUUAAUUAUAAUAAAAAGUUUUCCCAGAAUAGUAUGCUCUCCUCAGAAAGAUCAGUGUCAACCUCCCUCUAUUCGUAGUUUCAAGGACUGUUGGACUAUUGUUGUAUGUCGUGUUCAUAAACGAUGAUAGUACUGCAUGUUCAAGUAUUUAAUGACCUGACAGCAUUUUAUUCUGGAAUGAUAGAGAUAUAUGUUUUUAAAUCAUAAAUGUCCUACUUUUAAAACCCCUUCUCAGUCUGUCAGGGCCUGCUUUUCCUGUCACUGUACUCUUUCAUCAUCUCUUCGUCCCAAUCCCAAAUCCUGGAACUCUUAAUAAAAGAUCCUUGAAAAUUCUCUUCAUUGUUGGCACCAGACCAGUCGCCAUAGCCCUUAAUUCCCACCUAAACUCCUUGUCUGUGGCAGAAUUCCUUUAGGAAUUGUGGAGAUCCUGUGUUCGCUUGUUGAUGUUACAAAUGUGCAAACGAUGUGGUAGGCGUACCAUUCACUCGCUGUCUUUAUGUAUUAUAUGUAGAUGAUAAUGCUAAGGUGAUGAUGAACUUAUUGUUGCGUAGCAGUUUGUAAGUUGGCCUACCGAGGUCAGAGAAUUUUCUUUUCUAAUACAUGUGUUUUUUACGCCUUCAUCAACACAAUUUAGAUCAUAUAGGAGGCAGGCUUUAGACCCACCAGGGCUGAGAGGGCAGCGUCCCAGCUGAAAGACCAUGAUUCCCAAACGAUUUCUCCCGAAUCAGCGAUCGAAAAAUUCUGAUCUCCUUAGUUCGACAGCGAAACGUCUAACUGCUACACCAUGGUCGCUGUUCUGAGGUCAGUGCAUACGGACCUUCAGAUUAUGAAGAGUAAUGCAGAACAUAAAAUACAUUUGUCAUGUAAGAGAACAAAAGGUAGGCCUACAUAAACUUGAUUAUUUCCAAAGUUCUUUUGUAGGCCUACUGUGGGAAUUUGAUUCUAGUUCAAGUCUCUUUUUUAUAAUUUUUUGUAAACUUUGGGCGCGAAAUGUUGUUAAUUAACAAUCUAAGUAUCAUCUCAACUUGUUUCUUAAAAUUUAAACAGCAAGAAACUGCAUAAUUGAAAUGUCUAAAAUGAAAUUUUUUAUUUUUUUAUUUAACAAAUCACCAUAUCAUACCAUGAUGACAAGUUUUGACACAGAUCGGGAAAAAAUCUCUAAUAAUUACUGUCUCUAAGGAAUUCCAGUCCUAAAGUUACCACCAAUAUCAUUGUGGCCCAAGACAACUUCCUUUGACAGGCAACGCAUUUUGGGGGGAUGUUCAAAAUACAAUAUAAACGGAUAUAGCUCGAAUCCGUCAGGACCGGCCUCGGCAAUUCGAGGAAUCGGCAGUUCAGGUGAUACCUUACAAAGAUGAAAAAGAAGAGAAAAACGGGACAGCUGGCAGUUUGACAGAUGCAUGAUUUCUAGUCUUCGUGUUUGACCUAUCCGUGUUACUGUGUAUGUACUUGUGAUCAGCAUCUGUGGUAGCAGUUAGGUGCUUUGUGCUUUGCCGUGUUAUGCAGAAGACAUGAGUUCAGUUCUUGAGUAGGAAAGUUUUUGGGGGAUUUUUUAAAUUGAAUAUAUCUCUGUCUUCCAGGUUCUAGGAGGAUGUUGUAUCCCUCUAAGCUCUAAGCCUUUUUUGGCCCUGACAGGUAGGGUUGAAGCAGCCCCUAAAUGAUCUAAACUGUGUUGAUUGAUGGGGCAUAAAACACUUGCAGAUACUUACACUAAGGCAUGGAUAACUAUAAGUCAAACACGUAGGGGAUCGACACAUGUUUGGCACAGCCUUCUGCUUAUUUAAAUGAAAAUGAAAAAGUGAAGAGGUA